AAAGGGAACCGGGGGGCGGUGGGGUGGGGGGGAAGAGACGAGGCCGAGCGAAGGAAAUGCACCAAUCAGCUGCUCCCCCGGGCUCACAACUGUCUGCGGCGCCCGAAAAACAAGUCGGUGCGCUGGGGACCCGGGGCCGGGGCCACCUUGCUCCGGCCUAGCCCCGCAGCCCUCGGUGCGGGCCCCAGGGCAUGCUCGGGACCCCCCGCGGCUCCAGCCCAGAAGCCCCGGCCUCAGGUCUCGGCCCCCGCUUGGGGCCCAGGCCGUGCGGCCGGAGGGAGCGGCCGGAUGGAGCGGAGGAUGAAAGCCGGAUACUUGGACCAGCAAGUGCCCUACACCUUCAGCAGCAAAUCGCCCGGAAAUGGGAGCUUGCGCGAAGCGCUGAUGGUCCCGCAGGGGAAGCUCAUGGACCCGGGCUCCCUGCCGCCCCUCGACUCUGAAGAUCUCUUCCAGGAUCUAAGUCACUUCCAGGAGACGUGGCUCGCUGAAGCUCAGGUACCAGACAGUGAUGAGCAGUUUGUUCCUGAUUUCCAUUCAGAAAACCUAGCUUUCCACAGCCCCACCACCAGGAUCAAGAAGGAGCCCCAGAGUCCCCGCACAGACCCGGCCCUGUCCUGCAGCAGGAAGCCGCCACUCCCCUAUCACCAUGGCGAGCAGUGCCUUUACUCCAGUGCCUAUGACCCCCCCAGACAACUCGCCAUCAAGUCCCCUGCCCCUGGUGCCCUUGGACAGUCGCCCCUGCAGCCCUUUCCCCGGGCGGAGCAACGGAAUUUCCUGAGAUCCUCUGGCACCUCCCAACCCCACCCUGGCCAUGGGUACCUUGGGGAACGUAGCUCCGUCUUCCAGCAGCCCCUGGACAUUUGCCACUCCUUCACAUCUCAGGGAGGGGGCCGGGAACCCCUUCCAGCCCCCUACCAACACCAGCUGUCGGAGCCCUGCCCACCCUACCCCCAGCAGAGCUUUAAGCAAGAAUACCAUGACCCCCUGUAUGAACAGGCGGGCCAGCCAGCUGUGGACCAGGGUGGGGUCAACGGGCACAGGUACCCAGGGGCGGGGGUGGUGAUCAAACAGGAACAGACGGACUUCGCCUACGACUCAGAUGUCACUGGGUGCGCAUCAAUGUACCUCCACACAGAGGGCUUCUCUGGGCCCUCUCCAGGUGACGGGGCCAUGGAUCUGAGCAACCCCCAACUUCCUCUACAAGGCUAUGGCUAUGAGAAACCUCUGCGACCAUUCCCAGAUGAUGUCUGCGUUGUCCCUGAGAAGUUUGAAGGAGACAUCAAGCAGGAAGGGGUCAAUGCAUUUCGAGAGGGGCCACCCUACCAGCGCCGGGGUGCCCUACAGCUGUGGCAAUUUCUGGUGGCCCUGCUGGAUGACCCAACAAAUGCCCAUUUCAUUGCCUGGACAGGCCGGGGAAUGGAGUUCAAGCUCAUUGAGCCUGAGGAGGUCGCCAGGCUCUGGGGCAUCCAGAAGAACCGGCCAGCCAUGAAUUACGACAAGUUGAGCCGCUCGCUCCGAUACUAUUACGAGAAAGGCAUCAUGCAGAAGGUGGCUGGUGAGCGUUACGUGUACAAGUUUGUGUGCGAGCCCGAGGCCCUCUUCUCUUUGGCCUUCCCGGACAAUCAGCGUCCAGCUCUCAAGGCCGAGUUUGACCGGCCUGUCAGUGAGGAGGACACAGUCCCUUUGUCUCACUUGGACGAGAGCCCCGCCUACCUCCCAGAGCUGGCUGGCCCUGCCCAGCCGUUUGGCCCCAAGGGUGGCUACUCUUACUAGCCCCCAGCGGCUGUUCCCCCUGCCGCAGGUGGGUGCUGCCCUGUGUACAUACAGAUGAAUUUGGUGUUGGGGAAACCUUCAUCUGAAACCCACAGAUGUCUCUGGGUCAGAUCUCCACUGUCCUACCAGUUGUCCUAGCCCAGACUCUGAGCUGCUCACCAGAGUCAUUGGGAAGGAAAAGUGGAGAAAUGGCAAGUCUAAAGGUAGAGUCUCAGAAACUCCCCUGGGGGUUUCACCUGGGCCCUAGAGGAAUUCAGCUCAUCUUCUUCCUAGGUCCAAGCUCCCCACACCUUUUCCCCAACCACAGAGAACAAGAGUUCUCUUCUGGGGGACAGAGAAGGCGCUUCCCAACUUUACACUGGCAGGAGGGUGAGGAGGUUCACUGAGCUCCCCAGAUCUCCCACUGCGGGGAGACAGAAGCCUGGACUCUGCCCCACGCUAUGGCCCUGGAGUGUCCCGGCUUGUCAGUUCUUGGUGCUUUGUGUUCCCAGAAGCAGGGGGAGGUUGAAGAAAGGAACCUGGGAUGGGGGGUGCUGGGUAGAAGCAGAGAGGGAUGGGUUCCUGCUCCAAGGGACCCUUUGCCUUUCUUCUGCCCUUUCCUAGGCUCAGGCCUGGGUUUCCACUUCCACCUCCACCACAUCUGUCAGACCUUAAUAAAGGCCCCCACUUCUCCCAUUA